UUUGCUAAUGAUUAGAUGUGUGGGUCGCAGGAUUCAGACUCGAAACAUCUGAUGAUACGAAAAAGCAUACCGCGCUCAUGUGCGCAGAAAACCUCGAUGCUUGGACAUUUAUGGAAUUUCGUAGAAUUUAAGAAACAAAAGUGA